GAUGAGCAGCUCAUUAAAGCCUGAAGCUCAGAGCGUCUCUGCAGCAGCUCCCUCCAUCCGAACCGCAGCCGCCACAAGCCGAACCAUGUCGAAAAAGGAGGAAAAACCGGGAGAGGAGAAGGCAGAACCUGAAUCUAACUGGAAACACCUCAUCUAUAAUCCAAAUACAGGGGAGUUUGUGGGUCGCACUGCCAGCAGCUGGGGCCUCAUCUUGCUCUUUUAUUUGGUCUUCUAUGGCUUCCUGGCUGGAAUGUUCACUCUGACGAUGUGGGCCAUGCUUCAGACUCUGGAUGAGAACGUCCCUAAAUAUAGCGACCGCGUCGCCUCCCCAGGGUUGGUCAUCAGGCCAAAGUCGAUGGAAAUCGUCUACAACAGAUCAGAUCCCUCACAGUAUCAGGAGUUUGUGCAGCAUCUGGAGACCCUUCUGCAGCAGUAUAAUGACUCGGAGCAGGCGAAGAACGAGCUGUGCUUGGCGGGUCAGUAUUAUGAGCAGGACGGUUCCGAGCAGAAGAAGGUGUGUCAGUUCAGGAGGAGUUCUCUGGGGCUCUGCUCUGGCCUGCAGGACUCCAGCUUCGGCUACAGAGACGGACGACCCUGCGUCAUCGUCAAAAUGAACAGGAUUAUUGGUCUAAAGCCAGCUGGAGAUCCAUUUAUUAACUGCACAGCGAAGGGGGAGAAUCUGGUGAUUCAGUAUUUUCCGCAGGAGGGCCGCAUUGAUAGGAUGUACUUUCCUUACUACGGAAAAAAGGCACACGAGGGGUACGUUCAGCCUCUGGUUGCGGUGAAGCUGCAGCUGAAGAAGGAAGAUUACAGUAAGGAUAUGAUGGUGGAGUGCAGGGUGGAGGGCUCGAACCUCAAAAACAACGACGAUCGGGACAAAUUCCUCGGCCGCGUCGCCUUCAGGGUGCUGGUGACCGAGUAACACCAACAGCCAGAGCUGCCGUCCUCCGCUAGAGCCCGACCGAUAUGACAUUACUAUCACUGAAACCGAUUAGUAUAUGAGGACCUGACAAAGUUUAUGUUAAAGAGGAAUUCCACCCAAAUUUCUACAUAAUUCAGUGGUAGUUCGGCUAAUUUCUUUACAGUGGUGGUGAUAGGAACCAGAG